AUGGCCAGAGUGGAGUUAACGUCCCGCAAGGUUCUUGCUCAGGGGAUGCGCAAGGUAGAAGCCGGUCAUCACCGACGGGUGCUCGUGUUGGAGGCCACCCUGCAGCGAGGCCUGCGCAGAGUACGAGAAGAACGCACAUCCAACUCCAAGAAGGACCUAGCCCACGAUGAGGCCCACCGGGCAAUCACCAGACGGCGAUCCGCGAUGUCGGAUCAAGAAGCCAAAUGCAACCAUGUUGAUUAUUACCCGAAGAGCAACGAUCGAGCCAAUCAAAACAUUUAUGGAGAAAAGGCCUUGGACCCAAGUGGCCGCAUCUACAACAAAGUUGAACGCGACGACCAGCACAGUGUAUAG